AUGAAACUAAGUCAGGUAACUAAAAAGAACGAAGCUCAAGUGUGGGAUACUUUGUAUGGGGAUGAUGUUCAAAAGCCUGUGCGAUAUAAAUUUCAAGUGGGAGAUCGCGUGAGGAUCAGCAAAGUAAAGGGAACGUUUGAAAAAUCGUACUUACCUAAUUUCACGGAAGAAAUUUUUACUGUUUACAAGCGAAUGGCUCGUCAAGUCCCCGUUUAUAAACUAAAAGAUGAUGCAGGUGAAAUCUUAGAUGGCACAUUUUAUGAGCCUGAAUUGCAGAAAAUUAUUAAGAAUGACGAUGUGUACCGCGUUGAAAAGAUUUUGCCUAAGAGAAAGCGUAAAGGAGUAGUAGAGUAUCUUGUGAGAUGGAAAGGAUACGAAGACCCAAAAUUUGAUUCCUGGGUUCAAGAAAGUGAUAUUUUGAAGUUGUAAUUUAUGUGUUUUUUAUUUAGUGAAUAAAAGAAAAGGAAAUAAUAAAAUGAAUGGUGUGUGGUUUCUAAUAAAUUAAGAAUACCCAGAUUAAAAAGUUCAUUUGAACACACGAAACGAUGGAGGUAACACAGUUUUAUCUGCACCUCCCUAGCAAUAGCAGCCUCGAUAAAUUUCCUCAUAACACAUUAACAGAGUACCGAGUUAGUUUACCACAAACCCUAAACCUUACAGGCGAAUGGGAAGUGGCUUUGACCGAGAUCCAUUAUCCGCAUAGCUGGAAUAAUAUUCAACGGUUUCGAUUUUACGUUCGAAAUGAAAAACUCCACGGUGUUUGGGACUCCCUGGAGAUGCUUUCGGGUCAUUAUUCUUCCAUUGAAGAUAUCUUAUCAAAGAUGAAAGAGUUAGUGGACAAUGAAAAUCGGUAUACAGGUGAUGUACGGUUUUCAUACGAUGAUCUCAGCAGAAAGGUUACGGUUCAUUUGAAAAACAACGCAGAAGUCUCGUUAAAUGAUAUGGCCUAUAUGCUGGGGUUCACUCCCGAACAA